GUUUUCAUGGUUUAAAGGGAAGUGAUGAAUCUUGAGAGCUAGCUAGAAUAUCAUAAUUCUAAGCCAAUUCACAAGAAACCAUGAGAGGAGGAGACAAUGGCAAGGAUAUGCAUGAGAAUGACCUUGUGAUGCCUGGGUUUCGAUUCCAUCCUACCGAAGAAGAGCUCAUCGAGUUCUAUCUCAGGCGAAAGGUCGAAGGCAAACGAUUCAAUGUAGAGCUCAUCACCUUCCUUGAUCUCUACCGCUAUGACCCCUGGGAGCUCCCUGCACUUGCGGCCAUCGGUGAAAAAGAAUGGUACUUUUAUGUUCCUAGAGAUAGGAAGUAUCGAAACGGUGAUCGACCUAACCGUGUGACAACUUCUGGUUACUGGAAAGCCACCGGAGCUGAUCGGAUGAUCAGAACGGAGAGUUCUCGGAAUAUCGGACUCAAAAAGACACUUGUUUUCUACUCUGGCAAAGCUCCCAAGGGCAUAAGGUCUAGUUGGAUUAUGAAUGAGUAUCGGUUGCCGCCAAAUGUUACUGAUCAGCAACAGAAGGCCGAAAUCUCUCUUUGCCGUGUCUACAAAAGGCCGGGGCUCGAAGACCACCACCAAAUCCCGGCCUCAAUCUCUUCCAAACCAUCAAGCUCCAAAACUACAUUCUUUGCAGAAAAGAAGCAGAUCAACUUCACAACACUUGGAAACCAAGACUCUUCAUCAUCUGAAGCCGAAAAAAUUAGUGAACAACCAACACCGAUAUCCAACAACAUCUACACUUCAUCGUCUUCCUUGGUCGUUCCAUCAUCAUCAUCAACUCAGACAAUGGAAGAAGAUGGAAGCACUCCACCUUCAACAAACCAUGCUCUCCUUGCUUACACUUCACCACCCCUGGCAUCAACCUCAAUUGAUGAGCUUAAUAAGAUUCUAAAUUACCAACAAAACUACAGCAUGAUCAACCCCAACAACUACCUCACUUUGCCAAUCCAUCCACAAUCACUCCCAUUCAACUCCAUCAUCCCUAAUUCCAUCCAAAACAUUUCCGACAAGCUAUGGGAUUGGAAUCCCGUCCCCGAACCCGACCGCGAUUACACUAGCUUUAACUAAGAGCUAGGUCUAGUCCUACUACCAAGAUCAUCUUAUCUGUAACCUGUCAAGCUAAACUAAUAUUGGCUGACAAUAUGAAAUACUUUGGAUCACUAGAUACAUUCAAUGCUAAUUAUUUUAUGUUGUAGUUCAUGAUAUCAUGAUAUAAUAUUGAUCAGUUUCAGAAGAAGAAGAAGAAGAAGAAGAAGAAGAAGAAGAAGAAGGAUGAUGAUGAUGUGGAUGCAUGUGUUCUGACUUGUGGACAUGAAAUAACUAAUGAUGAAGGCAUGCA